UGUACUCGGUGGUCGCCCACCUUGUGUGUCCCGGGCUCUUUACGCUCUCCCCGUGGCGGGUGGGAGUGCGGGGACCGAGGCGCGAGAUGAGCACCAUGUUCGCAGACACGCUGCUCAUCGUCUUUAUCUCCGUGUGCACGGCGCUGCUCGCCGAGGGCAUAACCUGGGUCCUGGUUUACAGGACGGACAAGUAUAAGAGACUGAAAGCAGAAGUGGAGAAACAAAGUAAAAAAUUGGAAAAGAAGAAGGAAACUAUAACAGAAUCAGCUGGUCGGCAACAAAAAAAGAAAAUAGAGAGACAGGAGGAGAAACUGAAGAAUAACAAUAGAGAUCUGUCAAUGGUGCGAAUGAAAUCCAUGUUUGCGAUUGGCUUUUGUUUUACUGCCCUAAUGGGAAUGUUUAAUUCAAUAUUUGAUGGUAGAGUGGUGGCAAAACUCCCUUUCACUCCACUUUCCUAUAUCCAAGGGCUGUCUCAUCGAAACCUGCUGGGAGAUGACACCACAGACUGCUCCUUCAUCUUCCUGUAUAUUCUGUGUACCAUGUCAAUUCGCCAAAACAUCCAGAAGAUUCUUGGCCUGGCCCCUUCACGAGCUGCCACCAAGCAGGCAGGUGGAUUUCUUGGCCCUCCUCCACCUUCUGGGAAGUUUUCUUAAAAGCAAACAGAAUUCUUUAAUUCCUGUUAAACAUUUUAGACAUCCAAGUCAGACUGGUUACAGGCAGCCGUCGCACUGGGCCAUGUUCUAGAUUUAUUUCUUAGCUUUCUUGCCAUGAUUAGAAUGAGAAUAGCAACCAAUAAAUGGGAUAGUGCUUUUGGUCACAGAUUUUUUUUUUUUAAUAAGUAGAUUUCAUUAGUUACGUUCGGGUCAUGUUUAUGCAACCACAAGCAAAUGUCACGUUUCUUAUUUCCGUCCUUACGUAUUUUUCUGUGGGACUAACUCUCAAGACCAUGUGUGUGCCACAUACCAUGGAAGCCAACUCUCCAUGAGUGUAAACAGCUCCGAGAAAAGCAGCUUUGCAACUAAACUUAAUGGAAGUUAUGUCACUUAAGAUCAAUAAAGAGCCAAGUUUUUAGCUAUUUCA